GCAAUCAGCCAGAGCUCAAAUUGUCAAAAAAAUGUCCAACGUCAGCGGUUAUCCAAUGGUUGCUUUUCGCUCCAGCGGGCCAUCCGGGACGCCGGUACUUUGGGGUUAUCCACCUGGACUUUCCAUCGUUGAUCUGGUUCCGGACGAUAUGAAGGCGUUAACGCAUCCUCACUGGAAUAAAUCACCUGUCAAUCCAAUGUGGCACUACUUGCUGGGACUCGCCUACAUCCUUCUUGGUGCCAUUUCCAUCACAGGCAAUUCCUUGGUUCUUCAUCUUUUCACGAAAUCACAGGAUUUGAGAACUCCAGCCAACAUCUUUGUCGUCAAUUUGGCAUUUUCUGACCUCUGCAUGAUGAUCUCGCAGUGUCCCAUGUUCGUUUAUAACAGCUUCAACGGAGGAGUUUGGCUUUUUGGGCCUUUCAUGUGUGAACUCUACGCAUGCACCGGCUCUGUUUUUGGAUUGUGUAGUAUCUGCACUAUGGCCGCCAUCAGCUACGAUCGCUAUAACGUUAUCGUUAAUGGGAUGAACGGAACACGCAUGACUUACGGCAGAGCAGGUGCAUUUAUUUUAUUCGUCUGGGCUUACUCCAUUGGCUGGAGCAUCACUCCGUUUGUCGGCUGGGGACGGUAUAUUCCGGAAGGAAUUUUAGAUUCCUGCUCAUUUGAUUAUCUAACUCGGGAUGCGGUGACUGUUUCUUACACUUGCUGUCUAUUCGUCUUUGAUUACUGCCUGCCCUUUAUUAUCAUCGUAUUCUGCUAUUACCACAUUGUUGGAGCCAUCAUUCAUCAUGAAAAGGCGCUGCGAGAACAAGCAAAGAAAAUGAAUGUAACAUCGCUUAGGUCAAAUGCCGACCAAAAUGCCCAGAGCGCAGAAAUUCGUGUCGCCAAAAUCGCCAUGAUGAAUAUUUCUCUUUGGGUAGCUAUGUGGACACCAUAUGCUGCAAUCGUUUUACAAGGUGCUGUUGGGAACCAAGAUAAGAUAACACCUUUGGUCACCAUUUUGCCGGCAUUGAUUGCUAAGAGUGCCUCGAUCGCUAAUCCAAUCAUUUACGCUAUUUCUCAUCCAAAAUACCGCCUGGCUUUGCAAGCGGAACUUCCGUGGUUCUGCAUCAAUGAGAAACAUCGACUGGAGGACGUGGCGAAGAUUCCCAAUCAACAAUUACCAGCAAUACAACUUCUUCAGAUGUGUCUAUGCCUUGAGUAUUUGAUGCAAUCCUUACGUUCUAGAGUACACAAAAUGAUACGAAAAAUGGUCAAACGAAACCUUCCGGAGCUCCACAAGGAACCUUACGGAACUUUACGAAUUCUGAAAAUGCAAUUAUUAUUAUUAUAUUAAAUUCGGAGUGGAUUGUUAACACACUCUUUCCUGUUUAGUUACCCUGAAAGACUAUAUAGCCCAUUCUACUGUAAUCAAAUUAACCUUUGUUUGCAAGCUUUACCUGGUGAAAA